AUGGCCUGUGCAGAAAAUAUUACGAUCGACAAUAAAACUAGUUCUUCUGAAUUAAAUAAUGGAUCUAACGAAGAAAUACUUUUCGAUGCUGUCGAAACAAAUAAUGUGCCUGUUGUAAAGAAUUUCGAGAAAGAUGAACUUCAACAGUUAUGUCAAAUACCUCGUAUUUUCCCUUCUGAAUGGUCAUCACCACACGAAGAACAACAAACAGCUUAUCAACGUGCAUGUCUUCUUGGUCAUAGAGACAUUGUACAGUGUAUGUUGAAUGCUGGUAUUGAAGUUGAUCAAAUGUUGUCUGGUGGCAAUUCGGGUGCUACUAUGCGUGGAGCAUUUAUGUUUGCUUGUCAAUCACGCUCGAUGGAAACAAUUCAAGCUUUACUCGACGCUGGGGCACCUGUUAAUAAAUUCGGUUCGUGUUCUCUCGCCUAUGCUAACUCAUUUCUACACAGUAUUUCUGCUUCUUAUCCGUACGAAAUUCUGUUAGUAUCUUGGGAGAAUCUAUAUCCUAUUCAUUAUGCCAUUGUCGAUAAUAAUCUCCAAUUAUUACAAAAACUGAUUACUCCUGAUACACUCAAGUUAGUAACAAAUAAAUGGUUCACUCCUUUGCAUAUAGCAUGUCUUUUCAAUCGAUCUAUAACAAUGAUUGAUCUAUUGCUUUCUUAUGGAGAUGCUAAUGCUGCAAUAAUAACCAAAACAGGU